CGUACAGUACUCACACUGGACUCAGAGGGACGUUUGUUUACUACAGGGCCAGCAGAAAGAUGAAAUUAAUCCACGAGUCGGCCUCUUGUCUGCUCCACCUGCUGCUGCUGGCCGAGGUGUUCGUGCAGUCGUCAUGUCGUCCCACCAGCAGCUUCUGCCUCUGCGGAAUGUUUGGAUCAAUGAUCCAUCACGUGGACCGGUUGAUGAACUCCAAAAAACUCCAUGAGUUGACAGACGAGGAACUCAAAAACUUUGUCGGUGUGGAACCCAAACUGGAAAAUCUUCCUCGCUUACGGCACACUGCCUCUUAUUUCACCUCAUUGAAGGUUAAUGAGUCACUCUCCCAGAUGUAUGAGUAUACUCAGGCCUUCAGAGUUCACGUGGACUGGCUGAAAACAGCCAAAGACAACGUCAGUUUGCCCGUCCAGUCAGCUGAGGGCGCCAGCACUCACCUCCUGCACCUUUCAAACCUCAUCAAAUCAUAUCUGCACCAGAUCCACGAGGAGAUCCCCCCGGCGACGCCUGCAACCCUCCCCGCCGUCCCCACCGCCUUCGACGCGCUCAAGUUCUCGGUAGAAAUCGCAGAGCAGUUGCACGUCUUCUGCAACUGGUCCAAGAGGGUUUUACGCAGCUUCCAGAGACAAUGCACCUGCUCCAGACAUUAA